GGGGUAGAAUAAACACGUUUCCUCAGGUUGUGGGAGCCUUCCAGAAGUGGGCAAGCGGUGGAUAACUGGCUGUUGGUGGCGGUAGGAGGACGGAGACUACCCCACAGCCGCCAGCCUCCCUCCGGAAGCGCUUUCUACGGAAAGUUGCAGGGCGGCUUGUGCAUGGAAUGCCAGCCUUGUGCGUUGUAGGAAUGAGCUGCCAUUCAACAAUUGAGGCGUUUUAUGCGACCCUGCCUCCCAGCCACGGGUCGAGGAGCCUUGGCAUAGGCAGUGAACUUAAAAUACGCAAACAUAAAAUUUGAAGGUCAGUUUCGUCAACCUAGGUUCUGUAUAAAGGGCAAGGUGGUGCCCCUAGGCAGCAGCCAGACUCCACAGCUUUGCGUUACAUGAAGAGACUUUAUAAGUCCUAUGCUACCAAGGAGGGGAUUCCUAAAUCCAACCGAAGUCCUCUCUACAACACUGUUCGGCUCUUCACAUCCUGUGCCCAGCACGAGCAGGCUCCUGGGGACCAGGUGACAGGAACCAGUGCCUCUGUGGACCUGCUCUUUCACCUGGAUCAUGUUACUGCCGUGGAACACUUACUCAAGUCAGUCUUGCUAUUUACCUUCAGCAACUCCGUUUCUUUUCCCGCUGCUGUUAAAUGUGUGUGCAACCUGGUGAUGGAAGAGCCCGGGUCUCCUACCCGGAACCCCCGUAGAGCUCCGUCCUCAUUUACGUUGACCUCCCAGUUGGAAUUUCCAAAGAAAUACAAAUGGAUUGAGGUGGAUGUGACUGCCCCUCUUCAGCCUCUAGUGGCCUCCAACAAGAGAAGCGUUCACAUGUCUGUAAAUCUGACGUGCGUGAAAGACCAGCCGCAGCCCCCUUCAGCACGGGACAGUCCACUUAAUGUGACUCUUCUGGUGCCCCCCUCACUGCUUCUAUAUCUGAACGACACGAGUGCCCAGGCUCAUCACAGGUGGUAUUCCCUUCACUGUAAAAGGAGGCCUUCUCCGAAUGCUGGCCCCAAGAGAGGGCUGUCUGCCUGUCCCCAGGGAGAAAAGCCGGCUGAGGGGGUAAGACCUUCCCAUCAUCGGAGAGGUCGGGAAACUAUCGGCUUGGAAUUGCCCAAGCCUCUGGUUCCAGCUCCUUUGAAUCUGAGCGAAUACUUCAAACGGUUUCUUUUUCCCCAAAACGAGUGUGAGCUCCAUGACUUUAGACUUAGCUUUAGUCAGCUGAAGUGGGACAACUGGAUCGUGGCCCCGCACAGAUACAACCCUCGAUACUGUAAAGGGGACUGUCCAAGGGCAGUUGGACAUCGGUACGGCUCGCCAGUUCACACCCUGGUGCAGAAUAUCAUCCACGAGAAGCUCGACUCCUCCGUGCCGAGACCCUCCUGCGUGCCUGCCAAGUACAGCCCACUCAGCGUUCUGACCAUCGAGCCGGACGGCUCGAUCGCUUACAAAGAAUAUGAGGAUAUGAUCGCCACUAAGUGCACCUGUCGCUGACACCGGGUUCUAGAAACUAAAGCCUUGAGCCUCUUCGGCAAAGGAACUGCCGCGCACCUAUCUGUGCCUUCAGGAGAAAGUUCCGUGUAAGGGGGAGCCCGUGUAAAUGAGCACAUUCUGUGGCAUCUUGCUGGGAAAGUGGUAACAUCUGCCCCUUGAAUGUCUAGGUGUAAAUGAAAUGCAGUUAACUUGGGGGGCUCUAAAUUUUUCUCCUCAACGAUUUUUUUUUCCCCUUUACAUUGGAAUCUUGUUUUGGAUGUAAGAAAAGAACCUUAAAUCUUGGAUGGAACUGCGGCUCUACAGAGACCGUUCCGAGCGCCGUAGUUGUAUUGAA